AAAAAGGUCUUAAGCUUCGAUUUAAAAGGGCCAAGUUCAGUGACCAAACGUAGAUCAAGAGGGAGUUGAUUCCAGAGACGAGGUGCAGCCGCAGAAAAUGCACGGUCACCCCAACAUUUAUAUUUUGUCCUUGGACCAGAAAGCAGGAGCUGGCUAUCUGACCUCAGAGACCUAGACCUAUUUGUUUGGUUUUAGAGACAAACUUCACGUGAAUGAACCUCACAGGUCUUGUGUCUGUCAUGUAUGUCAUCUGUACUCUACAUAUAUAUAUAUUAUUGUAUUUUGACUUGAUCAAAUUGUUCACAUGUAUUUUGUCAACAGAAUAAGAAAGAAAAGUCACGAUUAUAUGGAAGAGCAGCUCUCCAGCUCUUUGUGUCAGGACAUCCUGAAGGAUCCAGUCUUUACCUGUUACUCACAACCAUUCUGCAGAGAGACUGUCACCUCAUACUGGGACCAGUCUAUUUCAGCAAAACAGUCUUCUAAUCCCAAGAGUCAAAAAAGAUCAAGAAUCAAAACUGGACUGCAGACAGCCAAUCAGAGCAGCUCUGCAAACUCUGCAGAUCUGCAGGAGACUUUAGAUGAACAUAAGAUCAGUCUGAGGAGGAGAUGUGAACGUGUGGCUGAAGGAAUUGAUGAAACAGGAAGUAGAACCCUCCUGAGCAGGRUCUACACUGAGCUCUACAUCACAGAGGGGCAGAGUGAGGAGGUUAAUACGCAACAUGAGGUGAGGCAGCUGGAGACAGCCUCAAAGAAGAACCUCCACGACUCUCCAAUCAGGUGCCAGAACAUUUUCAAAGCCUUAACUGAACAACAGGAAGUCAUCAGAGUGGUCCUGACUAACGGUGUCGCUGGUGUUGGAAAAACCUUCUCAGUGCAGAAGUUGACUCUGGACUGGGCCGAGGGCUUGGAGAACCAAGAUGUCAGUGUGGUGGUUCUGCUUUCAUUCAGGGAGCUGAACCUGAUCAGAGAUGAGCAGUACAGUCUUCUCACACUGAUCCAUGUUUUCCAUCCAUCAUUACAAAAACUCCCAGCAGAGACGUUGUCUGUUUGUAAACUUCUGUUCAUCCUUGAUGGUCUGGAUGAAAGCAGACCUGCUCUGGAUUUUGAGAACAGUAAUGUUGUUUGUGACGUCACACAGGAGUCAUCAGUUAACGUGCUGCUGACAAACCUCAUCAAGGGGAACCUGCUUCCCUCAGCUCAGGUCUGGGUAACGUCUCGACCUGCAGCAGCCAAUCAGAUCCCUCCUUCAUAUGUCGACAGGAUAACUGAAGUACGAGGAUUCACCGACUCUCAGAAAGAGGAAUACUUCAGGAGAAGAUUCAGUGAUGGAGAGCUGUCCAACAAAAUCAUCUGCCACGUGAAGACCUCCAGGAGCCUCCACAUCAUGUGUGGAAUCCCAGUCUUCUGCUGGAUCAUUGCCACAGUUCUGGAGCACAUGUUGACCACAGAGCAGAGAGGAGAGCUGCCCAAGACCAUGACUGACAUGUACUCACACUUCCUGCUGGUCCAGACAAAGAGGAAGAACAACAAAUACCAUGAAGGACCUGAGACAAGUUCACAGGAGCUGUCAGAGGAUGACAAGGAAGUUCUUCUGAAGCUGGGCAGGUUGGCUUUUGAACAUCUGGAGAGAGGAGACAUCAUGUUCUACCAAGAAGACCUGGAGCUGUGUGGUCUGGAUGUCACUGAGGCUUCAGUGUACUCAGGAGUUUGUACAGAGGUCUUCAAAAGAGAUUGUGUGAUCUUCCAGAAACCAGUUUACUGCUUUGYUCAUCUGAGUGUUCAGGAGUUUCUGGCUGCAGUCUACAUGUUCCACUGUUACACCAACAGAAACACAGAGGUGAUCGGGAACUUCCUGCAGGACUUCAUAAAAGAAAGCUGCCAUUGUGACCCAAACACGGAUUUGAUUUUGGAGUUUUCUAAAUCUCCCCUGUCUUUGGAGGAUUUUCUGAACUUAGUGAUGCAGAAAUCCCUGAGAAGUAAAAAUGGCCACCUGGACCUGUUUGUUUGUUUUCUUCAUGGCCUUUGUUUGGAGUCAAACCAGAGACUCUUAGCAGGCCUGGUGGCAGCUAAGACAAAAAACUGUCUAGAAAAUACCCAGGAAGUCAUCAAAAAUACAAAAACCAUGACAACAAUGGAUCRUGUUUUACAAGCUAAGGAGAAUUUUAAAGACUUGUUGAAGAAAGUCAAUGUCAUGUCAACUCGACGACACUCUAGUUUCAYUUUCCCUCAUGACCUCUCAGAAGAGUCCUAUCCACAACUUACAGAUGGUCAGAUGAGUCGGACAGACAUCACUCCAGAUAUUAUCCAGAAAGUCAUCAAAAACCUAAAGGAGAUGAACACAGAUGAAAAAUCUCCUGACAGAAGCAUCAACAUUUUCCRCUGUCUGUUGGAGAUGAAGGACAUUUCAGUAAAUCAGGAGAUCCAAGACUUCCUGAAGUCAAAGAACAAAUCAGAAAUGGAACUGUCAGAAAUUCACUGCUCAGCUCUUGCCUACAUGGUGCAGAUGUCAGAGGACAUUUUGGAUGAAUUGGAUUUAGCGAAAUACAACACAUCCAAGGAGGGACGACGAAGACUGAUCCCAGCUGUGAGGAACUGCAAGAAGUUUGUACUGACUUUCUCUGGACUCACCAAAACUCACUGUAAAGUCUUGGCUUCUGCUCUGAAGUCCAACCCAUCCCAUCUGACACAACUGGACCUGAGCUACAACAGCUUGCAGGAUUCAGGUGUGAGCUUUCUGUCUGCUGGACUGGAAAGCCCCAACUGUAGACUGGAAACUCUAAGGUUAGUAAAGUGUGAUUUGUCAGCGACCAGCUGUGCCUUUCUGGCCUCAGCUUUGAAGUCCAAUCCUUCCCAUCUGAGAGAACUGGACCUGAGUGACAACAAACUACAGGAUUCAGGAGUGAAGCACCUUUGUGGUUUCCUGGAGAGUCCACAAUGUAGACUGGAGACUCUGAGGUUAAGGAGCUGCAGUUUGAGCGAGACCACCUGUGGUCUUCUGAUCUCAGCUCUGAAGUCCAACCCCUCCCAUCUGAAAGAACUGGACCUGAGUACCAACAGGCUGAAGAAGACGGGAGUGGAGCAGCUGUUUAAUCCUGUGACAAAUCAAGAAUUUGAGACUGACUGAACAUUGGGUUGAUGGAGAUGAAACAACAGCUUCGACCAGCAUGGAGUGACAGAGGAAUCUUCAGAGUGGAGWUGACUCUCAGUGUUGAGAAAAGUCACUAUUGUACGGUUUGAUGUAUGAAGUGAUAGUCUACGGGGCACCAAGUGUAAAAUGAAAUGUUAAAAAAUUUCACCAACAUAUUUUUCAUUAUUUAGCUCACUUUUUGAGUG